UUAAAUUAAACAAAAUAUCUGAUAACGGACCGGACACACCUAAAGAAAGCCAUGAUGUCAUAUUAGUGUGGUCAUACUAGUACUGGUCUAGCCACUCCCACCUGUUGAUGUUUAUCAUAGAUGACCUGUCAAAUUAAACGAAUUAAAUCUUGUGAUGUCUUGUGUUUUGUACAUGCCUUGUAAAAGUAACUAAAAACUACCUACCUAUUUGGGAAACACAGCCCAAAGCCCGAAUAAGAGCUUAGUGGGAGGUUAGAAUACUCAUACAUUUAACCCUAAUAACUAAAAUAAGUGAACAAUGUGCUUGAUUUGUGUUUAAAUUGAAUUAAUUAUAAAAUGGUUAUCGAAAAACAGAAUACGAUGAUGUUCAUAGUGGCUUGUGCUAUUUGUUUACUAGCAUUGGGCGUGUACGGACAAUAUGAGUGGCAACCGCGAGAUGUCUUCGACGAAGUUCGUCUUCAAAUGGAUAAAGUUAACAAAGAUAAUUGUCUUAUUCAACACGUAGGUGAUUUAUACCUACCGGAAGAUUCAGUUUCCCAUUUGCCUGACAUUAAAGAUGUCAACAUCAACCCUGUCUUUCCAAAUAGGACUUCGUUACUUCAUUUACAUAAUAUGGCUCUUAGUAGGGCAUUUUUCUGGAGCUAUAUUCUACAGAGUCGUUUCAUUAGGCCAGCAAUUAAUGAUACAUAUGAUCCAGGAAUGAUGUAUUAUUUCUUGUCUACAGUUGCUGAUGUUUCUACUAACCCUAGUAUAAAUGCUAGUGCCAUUUAUUUUGCUCCAAAUAUGUCUUAUUCAUCAUCUUAUAGGGGUUUCUUUAAUAAAACGUUUCCUCGAUUUGCACCACGAACUUUUAGGGCAGAUGAUUUCAAUGAUCCCAUUCAUUUAGAAAGAAUUUCAACAUGGAAUACAUUCACCGUGCAAGAUUUAGGAGCUAUAGAACUUAAUACAAGCAAAGAUUAUACUUCGGACUAUUAUAGGAUAAAUGAAUGGUACAAACAUUGGCUUCCAGAUUAUGUGAUAGGGCGACAUGACACUAAAACAACUUAUCAAGUUGAAAUUCGUUAUGCUAAUAACACAAACGAAACGUUUACAUUCCAUGGACCUCCAGGAGCUGAUGAAAUUCCUGGGCCAGUUAAAUGGACUCGGCCCUAUUUUGAUUGUGAAAGAUCCAACCGUUGGCUGGUUGCAGCGGUUGUUCCUAUAGCUGAUAUAUAUCCAAGACAUACUGGCUUUAGACAUAUUGAAUAUCCUACUUACACUGCUGUAUCAGUCGUAGAAAUGGAUUACGAUCGAAUAGAUAUCAAUCAAUGUCCUAAAGGAAUGGGUAACAAUGGACCAAAUAAGUUUAUGAAUACGGCUAGAUGUAAAAAAGAAACAACCGAAUGUGAACCCAUUCAUGGUUGGGGUUUUAGAAGAGGUGGCUAUCAGUGUCGUUGUAAACCUGGUUUUCGCUUACCUUUCCAAGUACGAAAACCUUAUCUGGGUGAAUUAGUGGAAAGGGCUACUGCUGAAGAAUAUUACAAUAGUUUUAAUUGCUUGAAAAUAGGCUAUGUUCAAAGAUUGCCAGUUCAAUGGGAAAAGGCUCCUCAGUAUAUUCGGGAUUUUUAUUUAGAAAAAUAUCACGAAUAUAAAAAUUCCAGUAGUGGACCAGAUGCCCUUAAACCACCCAAAAUGAAUAUCCAUCGUGUACUCGAUUAUAUUCUUAAUAUGAAUAAGGACAAUUGCAAACAGUACAAGCCUCAGGAUUUGGUACUUAGUGGCGGUUUUGAUUAUGGUGCUGAAGAGUACUUCCAAAAUGAGGCUAAAAUGGCUUUGCGACUUGCUAAUUUCAUAAGUGCAUUCUUACAGGUAUCAGAUCCAAAAGAGAUGUUCUCUGGAAAAAGGGUAGCAGAUAAACCUUUGACUGAAGAUCAAAUGAUUGCUGAAACAUUGUCUAUUGUUUUGGGAAAUAGCAGAAUAUGGUCAGCGGGAACUUAUUGGGAAAGAAAUAAGUUUACAAAUAGGACAUACUUUGCCCCAUAUGCUUACAAAACGCAAUUGAAUACUAGAAAGUUUUUCGUAGAAGACGUGGCAAGAUUGAAUAAGAGCGAUGAAAUCUAUUCCAACAAACCUUGGUAUCAGUUCUUAAAACAGCGGUGGUCGACUAACUUUGACAGUCUUGAAAAAUAUUACAUGAAAAUCAAAAUUCGAUUUAAUGAAACAGGAGAAACUCUACGAAAAUACGAGCAUUUUCCUAACUUUUAUAGGGGAGCAAAAUUAGAACAUGGUCAUUGGACUACCCCAUAUUACGACUGUCAUGGUAAAGUUCCCAUGUGGAAAAUAAAGUACGCUGCUCCAUUUUUCGGUUGGGAUAGUCUCAAAGCGAAACUUGAGUUCAAGUAAUGUAUUUAUAUUUUUC